UUCAUUCCUGGCUCGCACUUUUGCAUGAUCAAACACCCAAUUUUUCAAAUUAUAGAGGAUAAACUCCCGCAAACAAUUUAUCUUGGAGAAGGAGAAGGAGGCUUUGAGUAGUUACUCCAUGGAAGUACAAGAAAGCUUGCUUGACACACUUAAUCUUGAAGAUGGCCAAGAUGUUGAGAUGCUUGAUGUAGAAGAGGGUGAGUUCAUUGAACCGUUUCAAGGGACUAGAGCCGGAGAAAGUUCUAAUGUUCAUGUUAUUCAAGAAAAUCAAGAAUCUAACAGGCAGAGCUCAAAACAGAAGAAGAAGUGCAGGUUUGUUCUGGAUGCAUGCAAGCGUUUGCGAGAGCCAAAAUCUUAUCUUAUGUACACUGCUGUUGGUUGUCUUGGAGUGGAAGCUUUGAGCGAUCUUAUCAAAGAGGUUGAUGUGAUCCAAUCUUGUGGAGGUCAGAAGACCUCAGAUGGCAGCCGAUUCCGGAGAAGUGGUGGUGUAUUAUGGAAUAUAAUCAAAACACGUGAUCCAAAUGCUUACAAAGAGAAGAGAGUUUGAGAAACAAUUCAAGCAGCAGAAGCAAGAACCACCUAUGCAACAUGGUGAAACUCCCUCCAAGUCCACAAGCUUGCCUCUUACUGGCAGCCAGAUCGAGGGUAAUCCAUCAGAUAAUUUGGAGCUCGCACGUCAUGAUCAAAGCCAGCACGAAGCCAAACAGAAACGUGCAUCUGUUAUGAACGAAUACGAAUACCAGUAAUGUACGACGAUUAUCUGCUCUGGGGAGAGGAUUCCAAUGAUAAAUUAGCCAACGAUGCUGCUGCUGUUCCGGCUACGUAAGAGAACGUUAUUUUUGUGGAUAAGUUUUACACUGCUGCUCUUUCCCCUUCUGAUCGUGUUCUAAAACGUGUGUUACUUAAAUAUGUGAAUUCUCAUCUGAGAAGAUGAAACUCAAUCCUUAUUUAUCAAUCAUUUGGUAACGAUUUCUAAACUUAUAUAUUUUCAUCUUAAUUUUGCUAAAAGUCA